AUUCACUUUUUCAUAAUUAGGUACCCAAGUAAAAUGUACACAACAACCAGGGAGCAGCAGCAAAGAAUGAAAAUAGAGAAGGGUACACAGCACCAGAGGACCUACAGUUUCACUAAUACAAUGAAUCCUAUACUGAGCGGUUCUUCGCCAAUAUCCUCCAGACCAAUUAGAAGCAGUUCAUUCAAUAACGAAGAAUGGCCACCUCUAGGCCCACCUCCAUCAUACAAUGCCUCCAAAGGGCGUCAUUCUGUAGCUUCAGACAUUUUGAUUGUCCCUGGCAUCGAUAGCAGGGACAGUUGUUCGACACCGACUAACUAUUCUGGCUCACUCCUUCGGCAAGGCUCCAUGCCCUCAUCUCGUGGUCUUAUAUCACCUAUGACCAAUCAGAGCAAUCCAGAGGAGGAUUUCAAAGAGAUCAUUGUUCUUGCAGAGUCUGAUAAACACGAGCGUCUCUUAUGCCCUCUUUGUGGUGGAGUCUUCAGGGAUCCUUACAUCGCUACUUGUGGGCAUACGUUUUGUUCACCGUGUCUAAGAUCUGGCCGGGAAGAAGUCUGUCCCAUUGAUAAUAUAGUACUAUCAAUGGUAGUUAAGAAUCUAGCGGUAGCAGAGCAAGUCGGUGAGCUUCACAUUCAUUGCCGGUUUGGAUGCAAGCAGAGCCAGGAAAAACCCUGGCAAUACGAACCAGAUCCACUAGGCUGUCCGAUGAUUUUGAAACUUGCCAAUAGAGAUGAACAUGAGAAGGAGUGUGACUAUGCUCCUGUCAAAUGUCCCAAUAGCUCAUUAUGCCCUCCAAUACUGAAAAGGGAUUUAAAUGAUCACUUAAGGUCUUGUAGACAUGUUCGCUGCCCCCACCAUCGCUUCAAUUGUCCUUUUGAGGGGACUAAGGAAGAGAUGGCCCACCAUUUAGAGAUAUGUAAAUUUGAAGGACUAAAAGGCUAUCUAGCAAGAACAGAAGACAGUAUAUCACAGCUGCAAGCGGAGAUUAAACAGAAAGAUGAUGAGAUUAGUUUCCUAAGGUCGAUGCUAGCAGGUCUCUCAGACAAAAUUGAUCAUUUGGAGAAAGGGGCAGUAGGAAAGAUAGAGCAACUUGAUGAGAGACAGGUGAAGCUGUCCAAAGAUGUAUCCGAUGCACGGAAUGCAGUCGAUUUUGUGAUGAAUGAGUUACAGCACGUCCAAGUCCAACUCGGAGUAGCUGGAACUAUGGACCUUCAACAUAUAUUCAAAUGUAAAGGGACAUUUGUUGGUCACAGUGGUCCUGUCUGGGCACUCUGUGUGAUUAAUGACCUUUUGUUCAGUGGCUCUUCUGAUAAUACCAUAAAAGUAUGGGAUGCUGCCAUUGGGUUCAAGUGUAUAAAAACUCUCACAGGUCACGAUGGGAUUGUACUAGCCCUCAGGCAAUUCGGGGAUAAUUACAUGUACAGUGGGUCUGCAGAUCAAAGCAUUAAGAAAUGGGAUAUUGAGAAGUUUCAGGUCAUCAGCACAAUAGCUGCUCAUGAGAACCCAGUCUGCACCCUGACCACCAGUAACGAUAGGCUGUUCAGUGGAUCACUUAAAAGUAUUAAAGUAUGGGACACUGCUAAUAACACAAUGAUAAAGGAGCUACCAGCCCAGAACCACUGGGUCAGAUCCCUCGUUGUCUCAGACGUGUAUCUUUACUCUGGCUCAUAUCAAGCCGUGAAAAUAUGGGACUUGAUGUCAUUAGAGUGCAUUAGAGUAUUGGAGUGUCUUGGAGGGAGUGUCUAUUCACUAUUAGUCACUGCUAACUAUGUAGCAUGUGGGACGUACGAGAAUAAGAUCAAUGUAUGGAACAUUGAGACACUAGAGUCUGUUGGUCAGUUAACAGGUCAUUUUGGUAUAGUCUAUGCAUUACAUGCUAUUGAGACUCCUGGCCAGACUAAACUCUUCAGUGCCGCUUAUGAUAAAACUUUAAGAGUGUGGAAUAUGGAACAUUUGACAUGCUCUCAGACAUUAAUAAGACACGAGAGUAGUGUCACUUGUCUUGCUAUGGCAAGAGGCAGGCUGUUCUCAGGGUCUGUAGAUUCAACUAUUAAAGUAUGGCAGUAAACGAACCACCAAAGAUUACAUUUUUAUUAACCUUUACCAAUCGUUUUAUGGAGCAUCAAGGAUGAAGAAAUUGCAAUUAUUUUUUUAUUACAAUUUGUGUGAAUUUUAUUAUUAUUAUUAUUUAAUUUAUUUUCCAAUACAGAAGUCUUUAAAAAUGACAUCUA